AUGAGGUCAUGCAGGAGGAGGAAACAGGUCUCGACAGCUAAGAUGGCGGAGGAGCAGCAAGAAUCAUCACAGGGGGAGAUGGAGGGAGUGAACUGCCUUGCAUAUGACGAGGCUAUAAUUGCUCAGCAGGACAGAAUUCAGCAAGAGAUAGCCAACAGUAACCCUUUAGUGUCGGACAGACAGGAUCUCUCAGUGCUGCAGAGAGAGUAUGCUGAGGAUGACACAGUUUAUCAGCUCAAGAUCAAGGACCUAUACAAAAAAUACUCAUACAUUCGUAAGACACGGCCAGAUGGGAACUGUUUCUACAGAGCCUUUGGCUUCGCACAUCUCGAAUCUCUGCUAGAUGACAGCAAAGAGCUACAGAAGUUCAAAGCAGUUGCAGCUAAAAGCAAACUGGACCUGGUUAAUGAGGGCUUCACUGAGUUUACCAUCGAAGACUUCCACAACACUUUCAUGGACCUGAUUGAAUUGUGUGAGAAACAGCCAAGUCUGCAGGAGCUGUUGAACUCCUUCAAUGAUCAAAAUGUGUCAGACUAUGUGGUAGUGUAUUUGCGGCUGCUCACAUCAGGCUACCUGCAGCGAGAGAACGUCUUCUUUCAGCACUUCAUAGAGGGAGGACGUUCUGUCAAGGAGUUCUGUCAGCAGGAAGUAGAGCCAAUGUCUAAAGAAAGUGACCACAUUCACAUCAUCGCCUUAGCCCAGGCACUGAACGUAUCCAUCCUGGUGGAGUACAUGGAUAGAGGAGAGGGAGGAACAGUCAAUCACCAUGUCUUCCCUGAAGGCGGAGACCCACGCAUCUUCCUCCUCUAUAGACCGGGCCAUUACGACAUCUUAUACAAAUAACACACUCCUGACCACAGCCCACGUCGUCGUCCUCCUGCUGUAGCCUAGCAGGGGUUAAAAAAAUUACUUCAGCAGCCACGUUGAUGAAGUAUACAUCUGUGUAUGAGAUUACACUCAUGUAUUAAGAUAAUUAAAAAAAAAAACAAAAAACUUAAAUAAAAGAUAAAAUCACAAUACAUGCCUCCUUUACACCUCCUGCCCCCAACUCCCAUAUUUCUCCUCAGUCAUCACACAAUGGUUAAUUAAAAAAAAAUCUUUGGAAAAAUAGAAGUGACUCAAGGCAUUUAGAGUUGUACAGUUUUUUUCUUUUGUGGUUGUAAAUGUUAUCUACUUGCUUUUUGUUGGAUUCUUUUCCUUUGUUACACUGCGUUUCAUUGAGUUUUAUUAAAGGGAUUUACAUCUUA